AUGAUGGGAGAGACUCAGCAAGCGAACCUGGCUUCUGGUGAUAACACAGAAUUGUGUAGUCAGAGAAUAGGCAAAGUCGGAUUUAUGACCAGUCUUCUGACACCCGUCAAGGAUCAUGGGUUUAACGUGAGUGUAUCCGUUUUGCGAGAGUUUGUUAGAUCUCGUAUGGCAAGCGUCUCCAAUGGACAGGCUGAAAAAUGUACUGAUGAACCAAAGGCCAAGAAGCAAAAUCUUGUGCUCUUUGAAAAGGAGGAUGGCUCCAUACGAAUCCUUGAUGCUUUGUCAGCCAGUGGUUUGAGAGCGCUACGGUUUUCACAAGAGGUAGAAAAGGUCGACUUUGUAGUGGCCAACGAUUUCUCAGAGAAUGCCGUCGAGUCGAUUAAAGAGAACAUUCGUCUGAAUGGUGUCGAGGAUAAAGUUCGUGCUACGUUUGGCGAUGCAGUGAGUGACGUGAUGAGGUCAUCGUCAGCGUUGACAAACGGUUUCACGCUGUUGAUUCGUCCUAUGGUUCCGUUCUGUAUUCUAGGUAUUCGCGGUUACAGUGCGUUGCGUCGAGGUGGAUAUUCUUUUAGUUGUUUCUGUACGCUUUGUGCGACUGAGGCGCUGGCGAGUAUUUUAUGUGGAAAUACACCAGAGACUUGCUACAAUAAGUACGGUUCGACUACAGUACGCCUAAAGUGUUGUCACGAAAUGGCACUGAGGAUUCUUUUACGGGCAAUAGAUUCUCAGGCUAACAAAUAUACUCGAUAUAUUGAACCACUGUUAUCUAUCAGCGUUGAUUUUUACGUUCGAGUGUUUGUUCGACUACAUACUGGUGCCAGAAUGGCCAAGGAAUCUGGAACAAAAGUUGGAAACUUAUUGGCCUGCUCGGGUUGUCACUCUCUUGAAGUAGUACCAAUCCUUAAGAAGGUGGAAGAUGGCAAAAGUCUAAAGUAUACUACAGGCGUAGUGCGGCAGACAUUGAUGGGUGGUGAUAACAAGUGCGUCCACUGUGGUCAUCCAGUGCACCAGGCUGGACCUAUUUGGACCGGCGCAAUACAUAAUCGUGAAUUCGUGGAAGGCAUACUGAAAAGACUGAAAGAAACCCCAGAGGAAGAGCGACUGGGCACGCAUAGUCGCUUGUUGGGUGUCCUUACCAAUGUGUCAGAAGUAAGC